GUUGAAGAGGUUCUCUCUUUGGUUGAGAUGGGACAAAGAUUUUGAUAUUUAAGGUAAGGGAGAAGUUAACAAAAGAGAAAGAAAAAAAAAAGUUUCACAAUUUCUUGGUUCAUUUGUUUAGGCGUAAGAAAGAGGCCUAUCAUCAAGUGACCAAAAGGUAUUGCUUUCAUUUCAAAGUGACGAUAACUGGUAUAAGGUGAAUCUGGGUGCCUAGUCUACCCACUCCGCGUCAUUCAAAGCUCUUCUCUUUCCAGCUUCAAUUCCGUGAUUCCAUGGCCAUCUCUGUAACGCUUUCCUUACUUUACCAAACCCCCUAAAUUUCACAUAUUUUCGUCUUCUUUCUGAGUCGUCUCCCCUGUAUUGUGAGCUGCCGAAGAGUGUCAAGCCCUAAUUUUGACCUCAGCCCUAAUUUGAUCCUGGGUUAAAGUGUGUUUUCUGGUUUCAGAACUCGAUUUCUCUCAGAAAUUUCCGAGCUUUCUGUUCUGUGUUUGAUUCGCAUGAGGAUUUGAAUUGGCAAGGAAAUUGAAAAUGAUGUCAGUUGAGAAAUCUUUUGAAGCUUGGGAAGAGGUUCAACGACAUGGGCAAGACUUAGCUGAUCGACUUGCUCAGGGAUUUACGGGUUUGAUUCAGAUCAGCCCACCUUCGUUUCCAUGGCCUCCGAAUCAUCAUCAUCUUCACAAGGCCAAACUGUUCGAUCUCGAGUUCCCAAGCCAACAUUUCAGUAUUAUUAGGGAUUCUAGGUUUGGUAUCCACCAACCCAUCAACGGUGUCUCAGCAAUUCUCGAUAUUGGGAACAAGAUUGGUCAGGCUGGUGUUGAUUUCGGUGCUGGAUUGAACGUGAUGGUUCAGCAAUUCUUUAGGAGGUUGCCUUUGCCGAUACCGUUCCUGCAGGACGAUACUAACAAGCUUGUUGUCUCUGUGGAAAAUGAUAAUAGUACAAGGAGCCAUAUGGCUUACGUGAACACAAAAGGUGAUUUGGGAUUGGCUGCAGAACGGUUAAGAGAUUCAGGGUUUUCUAAAACAGAUGAUACUACUUCUGUUACUAUGUCUGAGGAGGAAGUUGCUGAUUCUUAUCUAAGAACGGCUGGAUUGCAUGGGAGAUCAAAGGGAACAAUUGAUAUGUCAUCAAGUUAUGACAGUAGGACAAAUGGUCUGGAACAUUCAUUGGCAGCCAGAGGAGAACUCUGGAGGGUAGAAGCUUCACAUUCGAGUUCUACUGCAAGCGAUGGAAAUUCGUCUCUCUUUCUUCUCCAGCUUGGACCACUUCUCUUUCUACGUGAUUCAACCCUUCUUUUACCGCUACACUUAUCAAAACAACACUUGCUCUGGUAUGGAUAUGAUAGGAAGAAAGGUAUGCAUUCACUCUGCCCAGCUUUAUGGUCAAAGCAUCGAAGGUGGCUUAUGAUGUCAAUGCUCUCUCUCAAUCCUUUAGCUUGCUCAUUUAUGGAUUUGCAAUUCCCAAACGGGCAAUUGACAUAUGUAUCUGGCGAAGGACUGACAAUAAGUGGUUUUGUGCCUUUUUGUGGCGGUCUUCUUCAAGCACAAGGCCAAUAUCCAGGCGACAUGAGACUUAGUUACUCUUGUAAGAAUAAAUGCGGAACCCGAAUCACACCAAUGGUACAUUUGCCGGAAAAAUCAUUUGCGUUUGAACUUUCUCAACCCUUGGCUUGGCGUAGAUCCGGACUACUGAUGAAACCAACAGUUCAAGUCAGUGUGUGUCCUACGUUUGGUGGAAGCAAUCCCGGGAUUAAAGCAGAAGUUAUUCACUCGUUGAGGGAUGACUUGAAUCUGAUAUGUGGCUAUGUGCUCAACGCAUAUCCUUCAGCAUUUGCCUCAGUAUCUUUUGGUAGGUCGAAAUGGAAUGGGAACAUUGGACGCACAGGAUUAGUUGUUAGAGCUGAUACUCCACUUUCAAGUAUUGGCCAGCCUUCUUUCUCAGUCCAGCUUAAUAACGCUUUCGAGUUCUGAAUCUUUCUGCUAAUAACAUAGAAAGAAGACAGUUCGUGUGUACAUAUAUGUUUGAAAAGACUGCUUUUCCCUUGAGUAACUUUUGUAUAUAUGAUGGUAGUUUUACUCAAAUUAACUCACAAGUGACAAGUCAGUGUCUCUGUACGUCUGGCAGAUAUUGUCACCACGUUAAAAAGAUUACAGUCUCACAUUUGCUUGGUUGCUGCAAGUGCAACCUAUCGAA